AUGUCGGCGGAACAAUAUGGAGCUCGCCUCCUCCAGGGGGUGCAGGAAGAGACUCUUGAGCAGUUCCUGGCAGAGCUCAGAUGGACGGUCGAGCCACAGCCCAGAGCCAUUCUAGGAGUUCCACAACUGGACACUCUCCUUGAAUCACUCCGCUAUCCAGAAACACUAGCAAACACCCGUCGUCGGGAAUGGUUGUCCUCGCCAGCAGCGACAUCUGUGGUCUAUGGCAGCGAUGAUGACAGAAGUAACGAGGAAGAAGACUCGGACAACGUCGAGACCUCUCGUCUCAGACCUCAGCCACGAGCAUCUGCAGAGAAACCCAAACCUGCAACGGUCGAGCUCACGAGUGUCUCGUCCGCGUCUGGGAAGACCUCUUUGCUCUCCUAUCUCUGCGCGAUAUCAGUCCUUCCGAGAGAUCUGGGCGGCAAGGAGUCGACAAUCGUAUACAUCGAUGCCGACGGCCGCUUUUCCGCUGCACGGCUGGCGCAGAUCAUGUUGCACUAUAUCCAGAAUCACCAGUCUAAGGCCAGCAAAGAAACCGACUCUACCUUGACAAACUCAGGGAUCCAACAAGUCAUCCGGUCCUCUCUCGAUCACAUCCACGUUUUCCGACCCCAGUCGUCGACUCAGCUCAUUUCCACCCUCUCCUCUCUGCAUGCAUACCUCUUUGACGGAUCCCGGCAUCACUCGAUGCAUCGCCCUCUGAGCCUGAUCGUGAUUGACUCUGCCACCGCGUUUUACUGGCAAGACCGGUCCGACCAGGCCAUGGCGAAGCUCGAGUCUCCAGGGACGGGGUUGCGGGGCGGCGGGCCGCCACCGUCAAGGGCCGCGCAGACGAUUGAAAUCCUCAAGACCCUGCAAGAGAAGUUCGGAUGUGCCGUCGCCUUCAGCACUGUUUCGACUGUUUCGACUCCUCCAUUUCCCUCGUCCUCGACGCGCCCGCCAUACGAGACGACCACAUCCGGUCCCACGACCCUCGCGCCUUCAGGUUCAGACACGCGCUUCGUCUCCCCCUGGACGUCGUACGCCACGCUCUCACUCUCCCUCGCGAGGCUGCCCAUCGCGCAGUUCCCCGCCCAGAUGGGCAUGGAGGAGUGCUUGAGGGACCGGGAGAAGCGACUCGACGCGGUACGCAAGGGCCGGUUCCUCGCGACUCUCGUCCCCAGUAGUGGUUCGGCGCCACUCGUAGCGCCAGCGCCGACAGCGCAGGGGCCGGUAGGGAAGGAGGGCGGCGAGAGCGCCACCAAAGCCAUUGGGGGAAGCGCGUUCGAGUUCCGCAUUACAGGGGCUGGUGUCGAGCUACAGUAA